AUGGCAAAUCUCCAUUUAGCCGGACGUCCUACAACUGGAUCAAACCCUCCAUCUACCCUACUCAACCUCAAGAUCAAACCCUCACUCAACCCCAAUCAUCCUCAAGAUCAAACCCUCCAUCUACCCUACUCAACCUCAAGAUCAAACUCUCACUCAACCCCAAUCAUACUCAAGAUCAAACCCUCCCUCAACCCUACUCAACCUCAAGAUCAAACUCUCACUCAACCCCAAUCAUACUCAAGAUCAAACCCUCCCUCAACCCUACUCAACCUCAAGAUCAAACCCUCACUCAACCCCAAUCAUACUCAAGAUCAAACCCUCCCUCAACCCUACUCAACCUCAAGAUCAAACUCUCACUCAACCCUACUCAACCUCAAGAUCAAACCCUCACUCAACCCCAAUCAUACUCAAGAUCAAACCUUCCCUCAACCCUACUCAACCUCAAGAUCAAACCCUCCCUCAACCCUACUCAACCUCAAGAUCAAACCCCACACAACCCCAAUCAUCCUCAAGAUCAAACCCUCCAUCUACCCUACUCAACCUCAAGGUCAAAGCCUCACUCAACCCCAAUCAUACUCAAGAUCAAACACUCCUUCAACCCUACACAACCUCAAGAUCAAACCCCCACUCAACCCCAAUCAAACCUUCCAUCUACCCUACUCAACCUCAGGAUCAAAAGCCUCACUCAACCCAUCAUCCUCAAGAUCAAACCUUCCAUCUUCCCUACUCAACCUCAAGAUUAAACCCUCACUCAACCCCAAUCAUCCUCAAGAUCAAACCCUCCAUCUUCCCUACUCAACCUCAAGAUUAAACCCUCACUCAACCCCAAUCAUACUCAAGAUCAAACCCCCACUCAACCCUAAUCAUCCUCAAGAUCAAACCCCCACUCAACCCCAAUCAUCCUCAAGAUCAAACCCCCACUCAACCCCAAUCAUCCUCAAGAUCAAACCCCCACUCAACCCCAAAUCAAUUCCCAAAGAUCAAAACCCUCCAUCUUCCCUACUCAACCUCAAGAUUAAACCCUCACUCAACCCCAAUCAUCCUCAAGAUCAAACCUUCCAUCUUCUCAACCUCAAGAUUAAACCCUCACUCAACCCCAAUCAUCCUCAAGAUCAAACCCUCCAUCUUCCCUACUCAACCUCAAGAUUAAACGCUCACUCAACCCCAAUCAUCCUCAAGAUCAAACCCUCCAUCUACCCUACUCAACCUCAAGAUCAAACCCUCACUCAACCCCAAUCAUCUUCAAGAUCAAACCCUCCCUCAACCCUACUCAACCUCGAAAUCAAACCCUCACUCAAACCCAAUCAUCUUCAAGAUGAAACCCUCCAUCUACCCUACUCAACCUCAAGAUUAAACCCUCAUUCAACCCCAAUCAUACUCAAGAUCAAACCCUCCAUUUACCCUACUCAACCUCAAGAUUAA